AUGGGGAACGACAAGAAGAUCGGUGCCUACUAUGCACCAACUGGUGGAUUGCCACCCCAGACGCAGAUCCUCACCGACCGAGCCAUGUUUACCGAAGCCUACGCCGUUAUCCCCAAGGGCACAUUCAGCGAUAUCGUGACAAGUUUUCUACCAUUCUGGGACAAGACGCGAUUGUGGGUGAUUGCACGGCCGUUGUCGGGUUUCGCUGAGACGUUCUCACAAUACAUUAUGGAGGUACAACCCGGCGGCGGCAGUGACCGUGCCGAGCUCGAUGAGGGCGCGCAAGGCGUGGUAUUCGUUGUCGAAGGCGAAGUCACCAUCACCGUGGGAGGAGAGAAGCACACUUUGACCGAGGGUGGUUACGCAUACCUGCCCCCGAAGUGUGGUUGGACUCUUCGCAACAACGGCGAGUCCACUGCUCGGUUCCACUGGGUGCGCAAAGCCUACGAAGCGGUCGAGGGACUUGACCAACCCGAGCCUCUUUUCCUUAACGAGAAGGAGAUUGCGCCAACAUUCAUGCCCAACACCAACGGUGCUUGGGCCACUACGCGCUUCGUUGACCCCAAUGAUCUGCGACACGAUAUGCAUGUCACCAUUGUGACUUUCGAGCCCGGCGGUGUUAUCCCCUUCGCCGAGACCCACGUGAUGGAACACGGUCUGUAUGUCUUGGAAGGCAAAGCCGUUUACAGACUCAACCAGGACUGGGUGGAAGUGGAAGCCGGUGACUUUAUGUGGUUGCGUGCCUUCUGCCCCCAGGCCUGCUAUGCCGGUGGCCCUGGAAAGUUCCGCUACCUGCUCUACAAGGAUGUCAACCGACACAUGAAGCUCUCACGACUCUAA